CAUUCACUAGUCGUCGUUGAUUCGUGAAGUGGUCGCCAUCUACAGACAUUCUCUUUCCCGCUCUCGCCCUGUCGAAGCAUGGUUUCCCUCCCCCGCCAUCUCAUCGACCUUCUCGCGCUCUUUCAUUCUCAUGCAAUUCGAAUUUCCCCGCCUCGGUCUAGUCUGCGAACUCUUGGGCAGUUCAAUGGCCUUUUUACUUGCGCCUCGAGGGAUCCAUGUCUCAAUGUGUGACGUUUUCACCGCGAGGAGUUUGGGAUUGGGUUGCUAGAGUUUGAUCGCUUUCACAAUCUGCAUUUGAAACGGGUAUGAAAUCACUGCAAUUGAAAUUUGGUCUGUUCGAUCAGCUUGAAGUCGUCAGGAGGGCUCAGGAGCUGCUUCGAUUAUGCAAUUUACACUUCGAUGCGCCGUCGUUCGGUAUGGGUGAGAUAUGCAAGUCUGUACUCUGCUUCGAACUUGCAUGCGGAGAGUACGUACCUCAUCUUUUUCCCGUUAUGCUCAGCUUUUGUUGUUCAAACACCGUACUUCUUUGAUCAGAAACUUAAAGUCUUCUGGGGUGAAAAUUGUACGCCCUCUCAGAAGAUCGUUUCUGACUUGGGUGUUCUUUCUUCCAGGCUUCAGAUUUCACUCCACAGGCAGAAUGCUGUCUACAUCAGCAGCAUGUCGGAGAAGGCUUACGUUAGGUCUUUGACUGCGAUGCGGAAUACCCUGGGGCUGAGAGGUUCAACCGACAGUCGUCCGGGCAAGCCUUGAUUGCCCACCUUAAGAGACGUCUCAUGGAGAUCUGUAGUACUUCAUAUCCAGAUUUUAGAAAUAUUGUAGCUUCAAUGAGUCAUCUCUGUCAUGACUUGGUCGACAACGAGGAAUUAUCAGAAAGUGACUCGUCAUCAACAUCAUCUACAUCCUCACCAUUUGCAUCCUCAUCAUCUACAAACCCGUUAUCCAACGAGGGAUCAUCAGAAGGUGACUCGUCUGUAGAUGACGAGGAUGACUUGGUGGUUCCUGGCGCAAGGAGGUCCAGAAGAACAUAUAGAGACGUGCUUCUCCGGUUAGUUUUGGUAAGAGAUACUUUCUGUUGGAGAAUCUACUCAUGAGUCAAGUGUUCCAGUAACAGGUAAUUAUAGGAGAACUGAUAUAGUUCUCUCAUUUACAUUUACUUGCUCACAUUAUAGUGGACUUUUUCUAACAAUGUGUGUUGUUACUUCUCUGUGGACCUAGAGUUUCCUUUCUAAAUACAUAGAUGAGACCAUGUAAUAUCUACGUUUUAUAUAGAUGAAAUUGAUACCUGCCAUUUUCCCUCUAAGGUAGGGUAUGCAUUAGUCACAAGCUAGUAGAGGUAUGUGUAGUUCAAACAAAAGAUUAAAUUCAGUAUAAACAUAAUAAUGUUUAGAAAAUAGUUUGAACUAUUCUAGUUCACAAUGUAUAUAUUGAAUUCUAUCAUGUAAAUAAAGUCACUCUUAUUUGUUGUGUUUA